GAACAAAUUGCAUACUACAUUCAAGUGAAUAAAAGUCAAUUACUAAAUUUAAGUGCAUCAUUUAAAAAGGAAAAAUUCUUUAAACCAGUUUACAUUUUAAGAAAAAUUAAGUUAAAUAAAAAGCUAAAGAUAUGUCUGCUAUUUCCUCGAAUAUUAGUAUAGCGAACAGUACAGCAUCUAACGCCGCCACCAACUCUUCUACGUCUUCUGCACUCACACUAAAUAGCAGUUCAGCAGCUGUUGUGGCAAACAAUGCCAUUGUGCCUGUUACAAAUGCAUCCACAACAACAACCACACUGAUCGGUUCACCGGCCACCAACAAUUCUGGUCUCAGCUCUAGUGGUACUUGCACAUUUAAUAGUGUUUUAAUUAGUGAAAUUUCGGAUGAAUCUAAAUUAGAAUUUUGCCCUAAAUACAAGGGCAUUUCAGCAUUAUUGUGCAGUUAUGAUUCGCAAGGUGUACUUGUAAAAAUUGCAUUGGAAUCCUCACCUACGAACGUACUAAAAGAUUAUUUGGUAACAUCCGAUACAGAUGCUGCCCAAGUUGGCCGUCAAACGUUUGCCAUAUCAUUUGGCAAUGAUAACUUUUUGUUGCGUUUUCCCUCUGAAAAAGAGCAACAAAGAUUUCGCAAGUUGAUUGAUCAUGUUAAACGUUUAAGGCCCAAAUCAGUUUUCUCACAAAGAACUGAAGAGUCUUCGGCUUCACAAUAUUUCCAAUUUUAUGGCUAUUUGUCGCAGCAACAAAACAUGAUGCAAGACUAUGUCAGAACAAGCACCUAUCAACGAGCCAUUUUAGGCAAUUCCAUUGAUUUUCAUAACAAAGUUGUUUUGGAUGUGGGUGCCGGUUCUGGUAUUCUCUCAUUUUUUGCCGUACAAGCUGGAGCCGCUAAAGUCUAUGCUAUUGAGGCCUCAAAUAUGGCUCAGUAUGCCCAACAAUUGGUGGAAUCCAAUCAUGUGCAGGAUAAAAUAUUUGUAAUGCCCGGCAAAAUAGAGGAAAUUGAUUUGCCCGAACAUGUUGAUGUCAUUAUAUCAGAGCCCAUGGGCUAUAUGUUGUACAACGAACGCAUGUUGGAAACCUACUUACAUGCCCGCAAAUGGUUGAAGCCAAGUGGUAAAAUGUUUCCCACCCAUGGCGAUUUGCAUGUGGCGCCCUUUUCCGACGAGGCCCUCUAUUCGGAACAAUAUAACAAGGCUAACUUUUGGUAUCAAUCGGCAUUUCAUGGUGUUGAUCUAACCACAUUGCACAAGGAGGGCAUGAAGGAGUAUUUCCGCCAACCCAUUGUUGAUACAUUCGAUAUAAGAAUCUGCAUGGCUAAAUCAGUAAGACAUGUCUGUGAUUUUCUACGAGACAAUGAAAAUGAUUUGCAUAAUAUUGAUAUUCCCCUGGAAUUUCAAAUUUUACAAACUGGCAUUUGCCAUGGCUUAGCUUUCUGGUUCGAUGUUGAAUUUUGCGGUUCCAUACAACACGUUUGGCUGUCAACUUCCCCAACUGCACCUUUGACACACUGGUAUCAGGUACGCUGUCUGUUACCCAUGCCCAUAUUUAUCAAACAAGGACAAACUUUGACUGGUCGCGUACUACUCGAAGCCAAUAGACGCCAAUCUUAUGAUGUCACCAUUGAUUUACACAUUGAAGGCACUUUAAUUUCCUCCAGCAAUACAUUAGAUUUGAAAAAUCCCUAUUUCCGCUACACUGGUGCCCCCGUACAAGCUCCCCCUGGGACUUGUACACAAAGCCCCUCCGAACAGUACUGGUCUCAGUUAGAUACCCAAGGCCAGCGUACAACUGGUAAUAUGGUUAAUGGCAUGGCUGUUAAUGGCCUGACUGAUGUUACUAUGGAUAUUUCACAUACGCUUAUGCAUCCUCAGUCGUAAAUUAUAAUAUAAACUAGAAAUUUAAAAAAUAGAAAAACACAAACGAACACCCCGACCCCCUCAUAUAUAAUAUCCUGCAUUUUAAAAUAUGUACCAACAAACAAAUCAACCACCUUUUUUUAUAUAGAUGUUUUUUUUAUAAUUGUCUCUGAACCUUUUUUAUUUCUAUUAAGUUGUAAGUGUAAAACAUUCUUUUUUUAUUAUUAUUUUAUUUUAAUUUAUUUUUUACAAAUCUAUAUUUUUAUACAUAUUUUUUUUUAUACAUAUACUUAGAAAAUUUGUAUGUUGAUUUCAUAUUUUAUUUAACCAAAAGAAAAAAAACCCUAAAAUCUUCCUUUUAAAAAACAAAUCACAGAAUUUAGUUUUAGUUAAAUACAUAAAGAAAUGUUUGCUUAAGUUGAUUUAUUUUUAAAUAUUAAUGUUUGUCAUUUCAUGCAAAACAUAAAACUAAAACAACGUAUCUAAAAUAAUUUUGUUUAAAAGUCUUUUGUAAAGUCUUCUUUUAUAUUAUGUUGUCAGUAGAGUCUGGUAAACAAGCUUUCUUCUUUUUUUGUCUUUGUUAUGGUAUUUUUAUCUUUCUUUUGUUUUUAAGAUUUAAAGAAAUUCAAAAACGUUUUGGUAAAAAUAUAAUAAAUUUAAAAUUUUUUUUUUAUAUACUAUACAAAGAAAA